UAUCGAACGAAAAUUUGCUAUAACGUACGUGUGUAAGACGGAGACAACACAUGCGGGUGCGACGUCUGAGAAAUUAUUAUUUGUUUUAUUGUGCAAUUUAAAUACAGAACUGACAUUUUACAUUAUCACCUAGGUAUUUCAGUAUCAAUGAUUACAUCUGAAUACAUAUCUGAAGAUUGCCAAGCUAUUCAAUCUAGUGUCUCACCAAAAGUUUCUUCUACAAAACUUGAGGAAAUUGAUAUAAAUAACACAAUAGUUAAAAGACGGAAUUUAGAAAUGAAUGGUUCUUUAAGAGAAAUUGUAACACCUUUUUCAUGGAUGGAAUCAGUCAAUAACAUGCGGAAAGCAUUGGGAAAUGUUUUUAAAUAUUUGAAUAUUAAUGACCUUAUAUCAGCUUCUAGGGUAUGUACCGCCUGGAAUAUAACUGCAAUGGAUAAAAACUUAUGGCAGACUGUUCGUUUAAAAAAUUCUAUGGUCUAUGACUGGGAAAUGUUUGUAGACUCAAUUGAUCAACAAAGAACUGAAACAUUAGACACUAGACAUAUGUUGAUACCCUCUAAUGUUGAAGAUGUCGAAAGUUAUUGGUUGCGUUUUUCAUAUGCAAUGAAAGAAGCACAAAAGUUAAAAUUCAUUGAAUUGUAUAGAUGUCCAGUCUUCGUAGUUGAAGAUAUUAUUUACUCAUUACCUCAAAUUGAAGUACUUAAAGCUACUUCAAUAAAAAAUCCAAAUCUCAAUGAUUUAAUGUACCUAAACUUAAAUUAUUUGGGACAAAUGACAAAGCUCACAGAGUUAAAACUUAAAUGUUUAACUGGAAUAAAAUUGAUGGCAUUGCCAUCGUUUGAAAAUUUAAUAAAUUUGAAGAGAUUUUCACUAACCUCUAUUAAAGAAUGA